GCUUCAGCUCACACAUACUCUGUGAACUCAUUCGAAGCGUCUUCCUGUUCACAUUUACUUCAGAAAUCAGCCCUCAGCAAAGAUCUGACCGCGCUGAAGGUGAACUGUCUCUAGAUCUGAAGCACAAUGACAUCUCAGGUCUCAAAGACGGUUCUGCGACUGGAGGCUGAAGACGUCCAGACACUGAAAGAUGGAAUUAAUUUGAAGAAACACCCAGAGGACGGCAAAUGUUACAUCAUUUACAAAGGCAAAGACAAAAUGCGAGCAUGUAGGAACCAGUGCAAACACCAGGGAGGACUCUUCAUUGAAGACAUAGAAGACAGCAGAACAGUGCGCUGCACCAAACACUACUGGAAACUUAACGUGGCCACUAUGGAGUACGUCAACCCUCCAGACAGCUUCACGCAAGACGAACUCGAGGUAGUGCUGUCAGAUACUGACGGUAGUUUAGAGCUGCUGGAGUUGAAUCCUCCGGACCCCUGGACCGCAGAGCCUCGAGAAGCACAAGAGCUACACGCCGGAGAGAUUACGUUGACCUACAUCACACACGCAUGUAUGGAGCUGAAAGCGGGGAACAAACGGAUGAUGUUCGACCCGUGGCUCACAGGACCAGCGUUUGCGAGGGGCUGGUGGCUCCUUCACGAGCCUCCGUCUGAUGCCAUGGACAGACUCAGUCAGGCCGAUCUCAUUUACAUCAGCCACAUGCAUUCAGAUCACCUGAGCUACCCGACGUUGCAACGUCUUUCCAUGAAGCGUCCAGAUAUUCCCAUUUACGUCGGAGACACUUCACGGCCAGUGUUUUGGUAUCUUGAAAAAAGUGGAGUGAAUUUAACCAACGUCAACGUGGUGCCGUUCGGCGUGUGGCAGAAUGUCGAUGAGCUCCUGCGAUUUAUGAUUCUGAUGGACGGAGUUCAUCCUGAGUUGGACACCUGCUUGAUCGUGGAGUAUAAAGGUCACAUGAUCCUGAACACGGUGGACUGCACCAGACCAAACAAUGGACGUCUUCCUCACGGCGUUGAUGUGAUGAUGAGCGACUUCGCUGGCGGCGCCUCCGGUUUCCCCAUGACCUUCCAUGGCGGCAAAUACACCGAAAGCUGGAAGGCAGAUUUCAUCAAGAACGAGAGGAAGAAACUGUUAAAAUAUAAGACGCAGCUGGUGAAAUCACUGCAGCCCAAGAUCUACUGCCCGUUUGCUGGGUACUUCACUGAAGCGCAUCCCUCUGACAGGUACAUAAAGGAGACAAACAUUAAGAACAGCGCAGCAGAUCUGAAUCAAUCGAUAAGGAAGCGCUGUCCGAACAUCUUAACCUGGACUCCUGUACCCGGUUCAGUCCUGGAUUUGGCCCUCGCGCUACAUGACCCAUCCAGCAGGAGUGCUAUCACUGAACCGCCCAACGGCACAAAGAUCUAUAAGGACAGUUGGGACUUUGACUUAUAUUUGGAGGAACUGAAAGCUUCCGUUUCAGCUGAAAUCUUUAAAUGCAAAAGCUGGAUCCAGUACUAUUAUAACUGGGCAGGAUUUAAAGGCUACAAUCUGGUCAUUCGGGUCAUUGAGACGGAGGAUGAUUUCAAGCCUCUGAAGGGAGGUUACGACUAUCUAGUGGACUUUCUGGAUCUUUCUUUCCCAGACGAGCGUCCGGAGAGAGAUCACGCGUUCGAGGAGAUCAAGAAUCGCGUUAAUGUGAUGAGACACGUGAUUCUGAACGGGCAGCUGUGGGAUGACCUGUACAUCGGCUACAACAACAGAAUGAGUCGAGAUCCUGACGUUUAUCACCACAAGUAAAAUACACGCAAACAACAUCAUCACAAUAUGAAACAAGUGUGGAAAUAUCAUGGCAAAAUCUGUGACGUUAUUCAUUUACCGUGGU